AUGCCUGCCAUCACCCGCAGCCUGCGGUCGUCGACGCGACUGAGUACAGCACCGUCUGCGGAUGAGAAGAAGGCGGCGCUGGAAAAGACGAAGACCACCGCGAAAACAGCAAAUAACAAGAAAACGAAUGCACCGGCUUCGGCAAAGGCCGCCAGUGACCGUAAGAGAAAAGCCGAGGACCCAGCCGGCAAGCAAGACGGAUCCAAGCCCGAACUAGCCGACGACGAGCCCAAUCCCAAGCCUGCCAAGAAGGCCAAGAAGACGGCGGCAGUGAAGAAGGAGGCGCCGCCCAAGAAGACCAAGGAUGAGCUCGCCGCCUUGCGCACCGCACCCGUCCCGGACAUCAACACCGACGCCGAGCCCAGGGACCCACCGGGCCCGCGGUACUGGCUCAUGAAGUCGGAGCCGGAUGUGCGUAUCGAGGACGGGUACGAGAUUAAGUUCUCCAUUGAUGAUUUGGCGGCGAAGAAGACACCUGAGGGGUGGGAAGGGAUUCGCAACUAUGUCGCGCGGAACAACCUAAGGGGUAUGCGCAAGGGCGACAAGGCGUUCUUCUACCAUUCCAAUUGCAAGGAGCCCGGCGUCGUUGGCAUCAUGACCAUCGUCAAGGAGCACUCGCCAGACUGGAACGCCUGCAUCAACGACAACCCGUACUACGAUGUCGCCGCACCGCAUGACGGGAGCAAAUGGAGCCUCGUGCACGUCAAAAUCGAGCACAAGUUCCCGCGCAUUGUGCCGCUGAGCCUGCUCAAGGAGUCGCGCGGCAAAGGCCCGCUGCAGGACAUGGAACUGCUGCGGCUGGCGCGCCUGAGCGUCACCAAAGUCACGCAGGAGGAGUGGGAUGAAGUCAUCCGCAUGGCGGAGGAGCUCGACAAGGACAAGGAGUGGGACAAGACCGUCGAGGAGUCGAAGAAGUUUCCCAACUACACGGCGGCAUAA